CCAGGUAUAGGCAGCGGGAAUGGGUGAAGGGAACCCAUCUCGUUGUCCCUGCUGUGGCACCCAAGGCUUGCUCUGUGGGAGGCAGGUGAAAGCCCAUCUAAAGCAACAUGCUCAGUGGUUGUGUCACUGCGGGGAGCUUGUAUUUUUGAGAAAUAAACGUUUUUAUAGGCAAAUCUUGGUCCUGCUGCUUGCUUUUUCUCACCGAGCUUGCAUUGCUGGCCAUGGGGAGGGCGGUGCUCCAUCCUUAUUUCUGUGUCAGCAUGGAGCUCCACUGUCCUUGUAGUAAACUCCAAAAGGAUUCAUAAAUCUCAGGCCAGCAAACAGCUGCAGAACGCUCCCUGCUUCCUCUCCAGCCUCUUCUACUCAACAGGCAGCGAACUGGAGCUCCAUGAUCCCCCCCUUCCUUCCGAGCAGCUGGAGUUUGCUGCAGGUGGCAGUGUUGGGGGUUGACACCUUGUGCAGCACAGCCACACCAGCUCAUACUUGGUGACGAGGAUGGGUACACAGGGAAAAUGAGAGCUCUGGAGCAGCCUGCGCCAGGGUUCCCAUGCUUGUAUUGAGGGAAGCAGGUUGUUGUACAUGCAGGGCUCUCUGGGGGCUGUAGCCCACAUGCACAGCCCAUCUAGCUGUGAGCUUGUCAGUGCUGGAGCUUUGCAGGGCCCUGUGGUCCUUGGAGCUGUGGUGGAUGUGGAGGGUGGUGUCUGCCUGGCCCUGCCUGCCUGCAGCAGGGGCUUGGUCACUGUGACAGCUGUGAAGGAGCAGCCAAGGUGGGAACCAUCCAUUGGCCCUCUUUGGCCAAUUUCCCUUCCAGGUCUCAUCUGCCGGAGCAGCAGAUGCUUCCUGGGUGCCCUGGUUGCUGACAGGGAAGACUGGGGAAGACACGGGAUGGAGGAGAUGGGCUGAGCAAUCACCGAUCCCUGCCAAGGCGCAGACACUGUCAGGCGUGGGAAGUGCUGGCCCUUCCCUUUGCCCCUGCCCUCCCUCUCUCCCCACUGCUUUGGGCUUGCUCUGUUUUGGCAGGAACCCACAUUCUCAUCACCCCUCUCCUCCCCUUGGCUCAGCUGCAGUGGCUCCUCCCGGCUCCUCUUCUGCCGGCACUGGGAGCAUUCCCCUGCAGGCUGUGGGACCGCUGCUUGGAAACCCAUCGCUGGAAGCAGAGAAGGAGCCCAGGGUGCCGCUGCUCCUGCACAGAAGAGACCUUCGUCCCUGCUCUGCUGCCAGGGCAAAGCACGGACAUGCAGCCUGUGCCCCUGCACAGCCUUUCAGAGCUGGAGAGAGCCAGUCUGCAAGAGAUUGCCCUGUACCAGCUGCAGGAGAAGCUGCUUCUGGGAGAUCUGAGCCUGGCUAAAGUCAGACCUAAAGGCAUCAAAUCCAUCCGCCAGAAGCUGGAGAGCUUCUCAAAGGAGAAGAAGGACUGCUCCCCUCAGACCUUCGGCAUCCCGCUCUCCCAGGUCAUCGCCAAUGACCGAGCGCACCGGCAGCUGCAGGAGGCGGUGAGGAGCAGCCGCCGGCUCUGCCUGGAGGUGGAGGCGACCGUGAGGACAUUCCAGGCCCAGAGGCUCCAGAGGAUGGGCAGGAGCCUGGUGCCCUGUGGGGCCCUCCCUGAGGAGCCGCUUCCCCCUGCUCUGCCCAGCACCGAGUCCUGGCGCCAGCGGAGGGGCGCGAUGUCUGUGGACUCCAUCACUGACCUGAGUGACAACACCUCCAAGCUGCUGGAGGCUCUGCAGUUGUCACACCCACAUGAGCUGGGUCCACAGAGGAGCCUGGGCAAGAAGAAGAUGUUGAGCCUCAACCCCAUCAGCUGGCAGGUCCCACGGAUCGUGGACAGAUGCUGCAAACACACUGAGAUGCACGGUCUCCACACUGUGGGCAUCUUCCGAGUCGGGAGCUCUAAGAAAAGAGUUCAGCAGCUGAGGGAGGAGUUUGACCGAGGACUGGACGUGUUCCUGGAUGAGCAUCACAGUGUUCACGAUGUGGCUGCUCUGCUCAAAGAGUUUCUUCGGGACAUGCCGGAUCCCCUGAUUCCCAGAGAGCUCUACUCAGCCUUCCUCAGCACAGCCUCCAUGGCGGGCACGGCCCAGCUGGGGGCGCUGCAGCUGCUGCUGUUCCUGCUGCCGCCGUGCCACAGCGACACCUUGCGGCGGCUCCUGCGCUUCCUGGCCCGGGUGGCGCGGCACGCCCAGGGCUCCCGCCGCCCCGACGGACGCGAGAUUCCUGGGAAUAAAAUGACAGUUUCAAACUUGGCCACGAUCUUUGGUCCCAACGUCCUGCAGAAAGAGAGGCCUGGAGAGAAAGACGCUGCUGCUGUGAACUAUGAGGACAGCGCUGCCAUCAUACUGGUACUGCAGAGGCUGAUUGAGCAUCACCAGACCCUGUUCAUGGUGUCCCCUGAAAUGCAGCAACACAUCCUCAGGAGGCUCUUCCAGACAGACCCCGACAUCAUCGAGUACCUGCUGCGCCGGAGACUCCGUGCUGCGCCGAGCACAGAGAGUGAGGAUUCAAGAGAGGAGCAUGCUCCAUCCCUGCUGCCAGGGUGGACCUGCACCCUGGAGAACAGCUCACUCUCAUCGGAGCUGUACAGCAGCACCUCAUUCCUAAACCUGGAUGUUGGCAUCUAGCGGUGCUGGGCCAGCCCCUCUGCACUGCGGACAGGACUGAGCAGCUGGGCAACCCUUCCGCACGUCAGAGGAGUGGGGCUGUGACAGGAGCAUGAAUGCCUGCUGGAGCCCCUCUGCCACCAGUGGACAACCCAAUGGCAUGCAGGCUGGAGAGCAGCAGGCUGGUGUCCGACAGACUGGGGGAUGUGACAUAGAGGUCCAAAACUGAUCCUAUCUGGGGUAGUUCCAGGCACUGGUCAGGCUAGUGACUUAUAGAGAUGGGGGAGCAAUAGCUUGGGGCUGAGCCCCGCUGUGAAGACAGGGAGGAUGCUGUCCUGACACUGAGUGAAUGGGGAAUGUUAGCAGGGCAGUGAGGAUGGAAAAUGCAGGUGGGGGUUUGGGAUAUCACUUACCUGUGCUGUUGUGUGGAGACAAAGCUCUCCUGGAGCUGGAGGAAUUCCCAUAGAGCUACAGGAACAGCAACCCUGGUGCAAAGAUACCCCAGCCUGCUCUGUUCAGAAUGAAUUACAGCUUUCUUCUUUGUUUUAGCCCUGUUUAAAAUUGCUAAUGUUAGAGACUGUAAAACACUGUAUCAAUCCCAAAAUGCAUGGCUGGCGUAGCAAGAGAGCACUGUAUACUCUGAGGACUACAAACUUCAAUUUUGCUUGAAUUCAUAUUCAGUAGGUUAGACCUUCUGAUGUAUUUUACACA